UCUUAGAGUAUUUAGCAGAGGUCAAAUGAACCUAACCCAUCAAAAAAAGAACGUAUAUUCAAACGAUUUUUAGCAAAUCCUACUUUACCCCCACAAGAUGUUUUGGAAAUACAAUACAAAUUCAUCUGCUGAAAUUGACACUUUGUUGUCAAAAGAGGAUGUGUCUCUCCAGGAAGUUAUGGAUUCCGAUGAAAUUAUUACUGAAUGUAGAGGACAAAACAAAAAUUUGAUUGAUUUUUUAUUAAAACCUGACAUUAUUGAAGAAUUAGUAACUUUAACUACCAAGGAACCGCCUGCUGAAAUUAAUGAAAAGAUAAGAUUUAAGUAUCCCAAUAUUGCUAGUGAAUUACUAACUUGUGAUGUUCCCGCUAUAAAUGAACGUCUAGCUGGAGAUGAAAGGCUGCUAGAAAAGUUAUACACAUUUUUGGAGAAUGAGGCUCCACUAAAUCCACUUUUAGCUUCAUACGUUAGUAAAAUAAUGGGUGCCCUUAUUGCUAAAAAGACUGAGCAGAACUGGUUGUCCAAUCAGUUCACUUGCUUACAGGUCCUAGAUUUUUUAAAAGCUAGGGACACAUUUUUGCCACUUUUGAUUAAGCACCUAGGAACCUCUGCUAUAAUGGAUCUCAUGCUCAAAUUAAUGACGCAAGUAGAAGGAGUUGAGAAACGACAGAACAUUUUAAAUUGGUUAGAUAGUCAAAGAAUAAUUCAGCAGCUGGUAUCGUUACUGAAUCCGAAAAUAGAAAAAGAAAGACAUGAUAAUGUUGCUCAACUUUUUUGUGAUUUUAUCAGGAUCGCCCGUGAUAAUCAGAGAUUCAAUAGUACUGAACGUGUAGAUCCCGAUCCUCUACUUAAUACAUUGGAGUCGCCUGACACGGUGGGUUUGUUACUAAGCCAAAUAUUUAGUGGGGAAAAGUGUGAGAGUUCUAUAAUUGGCGGCAUACAAGUGCUCCUCGCUAUAUUGGAUGUUAACCAAACAAGCAUUGCCAAAUAUAGCGCUGUCGGAACUUAUAACCCAAAUAUUAACGAGGAUCUCAUGGAUAUGGAACAAAAACAGAGAAUAGUUUUCAACACAACUGAAACGAUUUGUACAAGAUUAAAAGAUUUUCACGAAUUGCUACUAAAUCCUCCUAAACAAUCUUCCAUACUAACAACUGCGGGACAGUUGGAUCCCCCUUUGGGCAACACAAGACUACAAGUUGUAAAACUUAUUUCAACGAUUAUCCCUUCAAAUUAUACAAAAUUGUACGAUGAGUUUAUAUCACUUUCGACAUUUCCAUUAUUAUUGGAUUUGUUUUUUCAAUACCCAUGGAACAACUUUUUACACACUCAGGUGGAGAUAUCUAUUAUAAGUGCAUUAAAGGUUUCAACAACUAUUGAAUCUAAUGAAACCAUACCUUCAAACUUUUGCAAACACUUGCUAAAGGAUUGUAAUCUAAUAGAAAGGAUAUUAAAAGCUUGGAAAAACAAUGAUGAGCAACAAGCUGAAGGAAAAGGCAUUAGACAAGGGUACAUGGGACAUUUAAUCAGUAUCAUGAAUAAUAUUAUAGAGUUAUGUUCAUCGACGUCCAUAGGUCAAUACUUGAAAGACUUGAAACCAGACACUGCGCAGGAUUUAGAAACUUUUAAAGAGACAACUUUAUCACAAGUUAAUUUGGAACAACAAAAGUUAUUGGCUGGUGUUAAUCCAAAUGUUGCUAUGGAAGACAGCGACGAAUUUAAUGAUGAUGAACUUCCACAGUGCAGUGCAAUGCAGCAACAAAGUUAUACACAGUAUCAAAUGCAGCAUUUAAGAAGUCAGUAUAUUGAUGUAUACAGCGGUUUAAACGAUGAUGCGUUUAAUGACGGUGAAAACACUCUACAAACCAUAGAUAACCCGUCAGAUGUAAACUUCGAUCUGUCGGAAAAUGAUAUCGUUCGAAGAGAUGAAAUUUUCAAGCAAGUUUGUGCGCAGAAUAUAAAUACUCUAUUUGACGGGGACGAUCAAACUUUCGAAGAAAAAGAUCACACCUUUCAGACUGUUAUAGAAAAACAAGGAGAUAAGAAUGACACAGUAUAUAGCAGCGACAGCGACGAAGGGAGUCCUUCAGGUGACGACAAUAUGGACGUUGACCCUUGGACAUCUCCAAAGCCAGAUCCCUGGAGCGCCUUAGCAAGUAGCACCAAUGAAAAUACGACGUCUUCCGCUUGGGCCGAUUUCAGUUCAGCAACUUUUGUAGAAACACCAUCCUUUGCAGCCUUUAACGAGAGCUUGAAAGAAGUUGCAUUGAAGGACAAUCAGAACAAUGUAGAACAUAUCGCUGAUGAUCAACUAUUAGACUCCAAGAAAAACGUAGGAGUUACAAGUGCAGCGUCUGGAGAUCAUAAUGACGUUCAACAAGAAAAGCCAGCAGAUGAUCAAGAUCUAGGUGAUAAAUCACAGCCUUCUUUAUCGCACGAAGGAGAGUUACUUGAAGAGAAACCACAUACGCCUUUAGAGCCUGUUCAGACAGAAAAAGCUGAAAAAGUGUGAGCAGCUGCUUAGUAAUAGACCCUAACAUAUCAAAAUAGGGGGGACUCAAAUAACAUUUAAAGGAAAUAAACAAUAGUGAGUAUGCCAUAAAGAACAUGGGGUGUAAAUACGAAUAAUAGUAUUAAAUUUUUGUAACUUCCCAAGUUUAUAAAUGGACAACACUCUCUUUGUAAUGUACACCAAGGAGAUUUUUAGAACAAUAAAUGCUGCCUUUUAACAAUAGUGGGCUGAUAAGGUAGUUUAAAUAUAUAUUUUAAAUCUUACACACAGUUAGUUAAUUCAUUUCAAAUUAAGUCAUUAAUCAGCAACAUUAUCUACUUAAAAAAUACUAGCAACAUAACAGGUGUUAUUUUUCUUCUUUGAUCGUAAAGUUGUUAUUUAUAACAAUUUGUAAUUGUUUUUAAAUUGAAAUGAGUUUACUAAUACUACCGAAAUAUUUAAUAUCUUACUACCAUAUUUUGUAAAAUAAGCGUGGUACCAGUUAUAAAGCUUUAAAAGUAAUAACUUAAAUAUCGUUGUUAUAAAUGGUUUGAGAAUAUAUAAUUACAUAUGCUUCAGUUUGGAGUCGAUGUAUCCUUAAAAUGGCUGAGAAAAUGAAGACCAGAGUUUGUAUAAAUCUUUUCAUCAUAGCUCUCCAAAAAGACGUUUAUUAACUCUAUCCUAAUCUGUGAUUUUUUCCGUUGUAAAUAAGUUAUACUUAAUCAUGUUUGUAUUUGUAUUUUGCACAAAUGUUUGUAAUUAUAUGUUUCACUUCACUAUUGUUUCUUGGUAGUUUUGUUUUUGUACAGGGUUCCCUUUCAAAAUUAUUGUGAAGUCUAUCUUUAUAUUAUUAUGUUGACUAACUGGUCUAAACAUAGUCAAUUUUCAAAUGUUAGUCAAUUGUUCUGCAUUGUAGUGUUUUUUUAUUUAGUAGUAAAUUGUUUUUUAAAAGGUAACUCUGUAUAAUACUGUUUUAAAUGCAUUAUUCAACAGCAAUAUUUGUAAAAUUAUUUUUUGUAACAUAAGGUAUUAAUUUAUUCCUUAUCCCAUAUAGGUAAUGAUUAUUUAAGUUUAUAUUUUAUUGAAAGAUAAAGCUCUUGUUAAAAUUUUUGAGGAUCGUAAGUUUUCCACGUUUUAAAGAUUGUAAAAAAUCGAUUUUGUGUUUUAUUUUUGACUUUUUCACUAAAAAUAAAUUUAGGCGUAUAUCGGUAUUCUACUUCAAAGAUUUUCAUAAUGGCUUUGAAUCAAGUAUUUUUAGUUAAAUAUUUAAGCUAUGAAAGUUUUAUUGCCAAAAAGUGCAAUAAAAUGUGUGUAAUAAUUGCUCAUAUUUAUAUUUUUAAUUUUUAAAACUUGCUUUGUUCAAACGUUUAUUUAUCAAAAAAUAUUAUUUAGCUGCUAAAUAGAAUUGAGUCUUAAAACACAAAAAAAAUUAGAUAUAAAUUGUUUCUUAAGCUAAAUGAAGUUUAUAUCUUAAAUAUUGUUUUUUUUAUAUAUAAAAACACUUUCGAAUGUAGGAUUAUUGAAGAAAAUGAUUAAAAAAAAUAUUGGAAUUUUAUCAAUUCUCAUUUCGACAGAAGUUUUUUUGUAAGUGUUAUGACAAUUAUCGGUCUAAGAAUGUCUGAAGGAUAUGAUACAACUUUUAGUUUGUGUCAAGAUGUCAAUUUUUUUGGCCA